AUGUCAUUAAUUUAUUCAUGUAGAAACAAUGAAGAUGACUUAAUUAAAAUUGAAAAAAAAUAUGAAAAGUUCAUGAAAGAAUGGAACAUAAAAAAUUUAGUUAAUGCAAAAGAUUUCUUAAAAAAUAUUCAAGUGUUUUUUUUUGAUUGCGAUGGUGUUUUAUGGCACGGAGAUGUAUUAAUGGAUAAAGCAAUUGAAGUAGUUGAAAAUUUAUUAAAAGAAGAAAAAAAAGUUUACUUUAUUACAAAUAACUCAACAAAAUCAAGAGAAAAAUUUUUAGAAAAGUUUCACAAAUUAGGUUUCAGUUUUGUUAAAAAAGAAAAUAUACUAUGUACUGCUUAUGCAAUUUCUAAAUAUUUUCAUGAUAAAGAAGAAUAUACUUCAAAAAAAAAAAAAAUUUAUGUGAUUGGAGAAAAAGGAAUAUGUGAUGAGUUAGACUCUUAUGACCUUGAAUGGGUAGGUGGUUUUCAUGAUAAUGACAAAAAGGUUAUUAUUAAAGAUGAUCUAGAAGUAAAAGUUGAUGAAAAUAUAGGAGCAGUUGUAGUUGGGAUGGAUUUUAAUAUUAAUUAUUAUAAAAUUCAAUAUGCUCAAUUAUGUAUAAAUGAAUUAGAUGCUGAAUUUAUUGCAUCCAAUAAAGAUUCUACAGGAAAUUUUACUUCCAAACAAAAAUGGGCAGGAACAGGUUCUAUUGUUUCAUGUAUUGAAGCUGUAGCUCUUAAAAAGCCAAAAAUUUUAGGAAAACCUAAUUUAUUCAUGAUUGAAGAUAUAUUGAAAGAUUUGAAAGUUGAUAAAUCAAAAGUUGUUAUGAUAGGAGAUAGACUAGACACAGACAUUAAUUUCGCUAAAAAUUGCAAAAUUAAAUCUAUUUUAGUUUCUACAGGUGUAACUAAUUCCAAUAUAUAUCUAAAUCAUAAUCAUUUAAAUGUUGAACCGGAUUAUUUUAUGAAGUCCAUUUCGGAACUUUUAUAA